GUAGAGCCUAGAGCCGAUACUAUAAGGAAGCUUCUAAGCUUACUUAUAAGUAAGCUUAGAAGUAAGGUUAGAAUAGUAAGGUCGAAAGUAAGGAUUAAGACCCGACGAAAGUUAACACACGAAUUCGCUAAGGAAGAGGAAGAUAAGGAUAUAAGUUAA